ACUAAGGGCGCCUGGCUGUUGCUAGGGCCGCGGAACACAAACCGGCGGGCUUUGCAGACUCAGGCUGCACUCUCCAGGGAGGGUUUUUUGGGAGUCUGUCUGAGCUCCCUUUGAGACCGUGUAUCAUGAGUAGCGAGUUCCUAUCCGAGCUGCCCUGGGAAGAUGGGUUCGCUAUCCCCGUGGCCAACCAGGAGAACAAGAUGCUUGAGGAUGAGCUCUCAAAGCUGCAGAAGGAGAAAUCAAACUUGCAAUAUCAGCUUCGUGACUAUGAAGAUCGAAUUGGUUCCAUGACUUCUCACCUUAAAAAUGUGAAUCAGGAAUUUUCAUUCACACAGGCUCUUUACAAAGCAAGGGAGAAUGAGAUUCAAAGUGAAGAACAUUUUAAGGCCAUUGCUGAAAGAGAGCUGGGACGGGUCAAGGACGAGAUCCAACUACUGGAGAAGGAGUUGGCGACCAUCCACGAACGCAAGAGCGAUAAGGAAAACGGCAUAUUUAAAGCCACCCAAAAGCUGGAUGGCCUGAAAUGUCAGAUGAACUGGGACCAGCAAGCACUGGAGGCCUGGCUGGAGGAGUCAGCUCACAAAGACAGCGACUCUCUCACCCUUCAGAAGUACGCACGGCAAGACGAUAACAAAAUCAGGGCCCUGACCCUCAACUUGGAAAGGCUGACUCUGGAGUGCAACAAGAAAAGGAAGCUUCUAGACGGUGAACUAACGGAGACAUUGAGUGCACAGUUAGAAUUAGAUAAAGCUGCGCAGGACUUCCGGAAGAUUCACCUAGAACGACAAGAGCUCAUCCAGCAGUGGGAGGGCACCAUCGAGCAGAUGCAGAAGCGGGAUCAGGAGAUUGACAGCUGUGCCCUGACAUUAGCAAGGAUAAAGCAGGAAACAAGAGAGAAAGAAGGCGUGGUGAAAGAAAAGAUCAAGUUUCUGGAAAACGAGGUUGGGAACAACGUAGAAUAUGAGCGAAGAAUUUCUGUUGCCGAGCGUAAAGUUUUAAAAUGCAGGAUAGAGCUUCAGCGACAGGAAGCCAGCAGGAGCCAACUGAAGGACGAGCUGGAUACUUUAAAAACUACUCUCAAUAGAACGUCCAGCGACUUAGAAGUUCUGAGGAAAAACAUUUCCAAAGUAAAGAAGGACAUCCAUGAUGAAACAUCAAAGCUACAGAAACUGAAACAUCACAACGAGAUUGUGAAGCAUAAACUGAAGACGAUAACCGAGAAGACCAUUUCUGUGGAAGAGAAGGCCACCAACAUGGAAGACAUGCUGAAGGAAGAGGAGAAGGGGGCAAAGGAAGUGGAGGUUCAGCUGAAUAUCGUGAAGGGUGUGCUCUUUAAGAAAGUUCAGGAGCUACAGAAUGAGACAAUGAAGGAGAAAUCCCUGGCCGCAGAGGUCGAAGGCACCCGAUCCUCCCUAAAACAUCUGAACCACCGCUUACGCAAGCUAGACUUUGAAACCCUGAAGCAGCAGGAAAUCAUGUACAGUCAGGACUUUUACAUUCAGCAAGUCGAACGCAGAAUGUCACGACUAAAGGGAGAAAUUAAUUCAGAGGAAAAGCAAACCCUUGAAGCAAAAAUUGUCGAGCUUAAGAAGACACUGGAUGAGAAAAAAUCCACGCUUUCCCUUCUGGAGGCACAGAUCAAGAAGCUGCAUAACGAUCUCUACUUCCUUAAGAAGUCAAACAGCAAGAAUAAUGACGAGAAGCAAUCUCUCAUGAACAAAAUAAACGAACUGCACCUUUUCGUUGACAGAUCGGAGAAGGAACUGAACAAAGCUAGAGCGACUAAACAGGAUUUGAUGAUCGAGGACAAUCUUUUAAAGUUUGAGGUUAAACGCACCCGAGAAAUGCUGCACAGUAAAGCAGAGGAAGUUCUUUCCCUGGAGAAAAGGAAACAACAGCUGUGCACAGCAAUGGAAGAGAGAGCUGAAGAAAUCAAGGUGCACAAAGCCAUGCUCGCCUCCCAGAUCAGAUACGUUGAUCAGCAGCGGCAAACUGUGAGUGCUGAGUUUCAUGAGCGGCUAAGUAAAAUUGAUAAGCUUAAGAACAGAUAUGAAAUUCUUACUGUUGUUAUGCUGCCUCCUGAAGGAGAAGAGGAGAAAACACAGGCCUAUUAUGUAAUAAAGGCUGCUCAAGAAAAGGAAGAACUUCAGAGGGAAGGUGACAGCUUGGAUGCUAAGAUCAACAAAGCUGAAAAAGAAAUCUAUGCUCUGCAAAACACCCUGCAAGUACUCAACAGCUGCAACAACAACUAUAAGCAAUCUUUCAAAAAAGUGACUCCAUCAAGUGAGGAGUAUGUAAUAAAAAUUCAACUAGAAGAACAAAAAAGGACUGCAGAUGAGAAAUACAGACACAAACAAAGACAAAUCAGAGAACUUCAAGAAGACUUCCAGAGCAUGGAAAACACUUUUGAAGUCAUAGAACACUUAGCAAAUAAUAUCAAAGAGAAAUUAUCAGAGAAACAAACUUAUUCCCUUCAAUUGCGCAAAGAGAUUGAGGAGCAGCAGCCGAAAUUAGAGCGUGUGACUAAGCAGUGUGGAAGACUCAGAAGAGAAAUCCGCAUUUUGAAAGGAACAAAUGAUGAAACACUAGAAGAACUAGACAUUCAACUACGCGAGAUUAAACAGUUUCACAAGGACAUUGACCAAAUGUUAGUCAAUGUCAUGGAAAAUGCUGAAAUCCACAUCAUCCUUCAAACAUACUUUGAGCAGAAUGGGUUAGAAUUACCCACAGUUAAAGGCCCGAGCUCCAGAUCCUCUUCACAGUCUUCACUGCGGUCACUCAGGUCGCUUGAGGACACAAUUUCUUCUGUUUCUCUACCUUCUCCACCUUCUCCACCUUCGGUUAAAGUAGUACAGCUCAGCUUCCCAGAAUCCUUGACAGGAAGCAAUAGUUCUAGGUCAGCUAGUAAUGGCAGUAAUUCAAGCACUCCAAAAGGAAAAAAGCCCAGCAAAUAAUUUUUUUUUAAUCUCUUCUACAAAUUUUGAACACAAAUGAAAAACUCAUUAACAGUUAAGUCUUCCUUUUUCUGGGGUUCCAUUUAUUAACAAUAUAGGCCUAAAAUAGUAUCGGAAGUACUGCAGACCAGACCAAAGUUUGCACUACAGAAGCUGUUUGAGAAAAGGACAAAAGGAGCUUCCCCCCCACCCCCAUGUUAUUCAUAGAGAAGGAAACUGCAGAACCUUAGGCAGGCCACAUGUGAUUAGGCAGAGGGAAAUAAAAUAAUCAAUUUUUUUUUUUUACUAGAACACUGAUGUCUAUAGUGUUAGAUGUUUUAUGAAGUAACACAUAUAUGAAGUAAGAUUCUUUCAGGAAUACACUUCUAAAGAGUCACUGCAUAUCUCAAUAAGGAAAUUUUCAUUUACUCUAAAUCACAAAAUUACUUUUUAAAAUUAAAAACAAAAAGCAAACAACAACCAUAUUCCCCCAUUUUUUUUUUUUUCGAGGGUAGCACACACCUACCUGUUAAAGGCCUUUUUUUUUGGGGGGGGGAAUUUAAUUUGUAAUGAAAGACAGCAUCAUUAACAUUAUACUUCCUCGGUAAGAAAAGUAUUGUAUAUGUAUAUAUGUGUGUGUUCAUAUGUAUUUAUCCCUAUAUAUGUAUACAUAAAGUACAACUUGAGUUGCUGUCUCUAUUCUGAUCUUGAAAAAAACUGAACAUAUUAAAUUUACAAUGGAGGUAGAUAUUGCAUACUAUAUUUAAAAAUUAGUUUUUCCAGCUAAUACUACAUUUCCAGCACUUUGAACUUUUUGGAUGAGAGUGUGAACUACUAUUAUAAAGCUAGAUUUAAAUACAUUAUCAUUCAGGUAGAUAAAGGAGCAUCUCUUUAAA